UGAAUAUUGCAGGGCUUGUCAAACAGGAGAACUGGCGCUACUAGUAUAAACGCUGAGAGUUCACGUUCUCACAGUGUAUUUACUUGUGUUGUUGAAUCACGAUGCAAGAGGAUGGCCGAUGGCUUAAGCUGCCUGAAGUCAAGUAGGAUAAAUCUCGUAGAUCUUGCCGGGUCAGAAAGGCAAAAGCUAACUGGUGCAGCUGGAGAUCGCCUGAAGGAAGCUGGGAACAUCAAUCGCUCCCUGUCACAGCUGGGGAACUUGAUAAACAUUCUAGCAGAAGUUUCCCAAACAGGAAAGCAUCGGCACAUUCCCUAUAGAGAUUCCAAGUUGACUUUUUUGUUACAGGAAUCUCUUGGUGGAAAUGCAAAACUUGCAAUGAUAUGUGCCAUUUCUCCAGCCCCGAGUUGUAAGAGCGAGACUUUCAGUACCCUGAGAUUUGCCCAACGCGCAAAGGCAAUCAAGAAUAAGGCAGUUGUCAAUGAGGAAAUGCAGGAUGAUGUAAAUGUCUUGAGGGAAGUUAUACGACAGUUAAAGGAUGAGCUGAUAAGAGUGAAGGCCAAUGGCUCUCAAGCAGAUCAAAAUGGAAAUUAUUCAUCAGGGUGGAAUGCGCGUAGAAGCUUAAAUCUUUUGAAAUUCAGCCUCAAACGUCCAAUAGAUGAUGAUGGUGACACAGAAAUGGAAAUUGUUGAGGAAGCCGAACUAUUAGGUCUCUUACCAGAAGGAAGUAAAGAGAUUGGAAUCUUGCGAAAAACUCUUUCCAGGAAUUCCUUGGUUGUUGCUCCUGAAGGACAUGACGAAGAAAAGGAGAACACAACCAAGAGAGAGGAAGGUUCCGAGGAUACAGACGUUACCAUGGAGGAAGAGGUAUCUGAACAUGUCCAACCUGAAAACAAAGUUAUUGAUUGUGCUGGGGUGAGGAACUUGGAUAAUUGUUCCAUGGCUGUAGAAAAUGUUGAGGCCGCUUUGAAGAAAUCCAUGUCGAAGAGGCUUGAUAGUGAUCUUUCUCGAGAGCCUAUUGAAGUAGAGUGUCUUCCAUCGCUGGCCAUUAAUUUGCAUCAUGGAGUAAAGAGGGAACUGGUAGAAGAAACAGCCUCAGAGCAAUGUGAAGACUACAAUGAAAGAACUCCUGAAAACUCUUCUAAAUGCUUGGAUGGUGAUGCAGCUUGUACGGACCUUAGCAUAGUUACAAAUGAUAAAUCUCCCAUUUUAAAGUCACCCACUCCAAGCGUUUCACCAAGAGUUAAUAGCAGUAGGAAAAGUCUUAGGACAUCAUCGAUGCUGAGUGCUUCUCAGAAGGAUCUUAGAGAGAGUAAGUUGGACGCACCACAUUUGUCCUUUGCAAAGCCUUCUAACAGUAUUUGUUUGAACUCUCAACCUAAUCAGAGAAGUAAAAGUUGUUUCACGUCGACUGAGCAUUUGGCUGCUAGUCUACAUAGGGGACUUGAAAUUAUAAGUAAUCACCAAAGUACAUCUUUGAGGCGGUCCUCAUUCAGAUUUUCUUGCAAACCUGCUGAUAUUAGAGCAAUUAUACCAGUUGCUAAAGCAGAUGUGGGCAUCCAAACAAGUAUUAGAGAUUCAAUAUUUUUGUGUGGUAAAUGUAAGGCAAGAAACUCCCAGCAAGAGCUUAAAGAUGCCAACAAUGACUCAAACAUGCAGUUGGUACCAGUUGAUGGAUCACAGUUGGUACCUACUGAUGGAUCACAGUCCUGCGAAAAGUUCAAGAUUCAAGUACCCAAAGCAGUAGAAAAGGUAUUGGCAGGAGCAAUACGGAGAGAGAUGGCACUGGAAGAAAUAUGUGCCAAGCAAACUUCUGAGAUCAUGCAACUCAACCGCUUGAUUCAACAAUACAAACUUGAGCGAGAAUGCAACGCCAUUAUUGGCCAAACACGGGAGGAUAAGAUUGUUCGCCUUGAGAGCUUAAUGGAUGGAAUCCUACCAGCAGACGAGUUCAUGGAGGAUGAACUGUUAUCACUCACUCAUGAGCAUAAGCUUCUGAAGGAGAAAUAUGAAAAUCAUCCAGAAAUUUUAAGUACGAAAAUUGAAUUAAGAAGAGUUCAAGAUGAACUGGAACGGUAUCGUAACUUCUUUGACUUAGGUGAGAGGGAAGUUUUGCUGGAGGAGAUUCAGGAUUUGAGAAGCCAGCUCCAGUUUUAUGUAGAUUUUUCAUCAAAGUCAUCCAAGAAAGGAAAUUCACCUCUGCAAUUAACUUAUCCAUCCGAGUCAAGUGAGCCUUCGCCUUUAUCCACUAUUCUAGAGUCAACUGAGGUGAGUGCUGAGCAGAGACUUGAAAGAGAGAGGAUUCAAUGGGCUGAAACAGAAAGCAAGUGGAUUUCUCUUGUAGAAGAAUUGAGGUUAGACUUAGAUGCUAGCCGCAGCAUGGCGGAAAAGCAUAAACAAGAACUAGAUUUGGAGAAGAAGUGUUCGGAAGAGCUAAAAGAAGCAAUGCAGAUGGCAAUGCAGGGACAUGCACGCAUGCUUGAACAGUAUGCUGAACUCGAGGAGAAACAUAUGCAAUUGCUUAUCAGGCAUAGGAAGAUCCAAGAUGGUGUAGAGGAUGUCAAGAAAGCAGCUGCAAAGGCAGGAGUCAGGGGUGCUGAAUCCAAAUUUAUCAAUGCUCUUGCUGCAGAAAUUUCAGCUCUAAAAGUCGAAAGGGAAAAGGAGAGGCGAAUGUUUAGGGAGGAAAAUAAGGGGCUUCAGGCUCAACUGAGGGAUACUGCUGAAGCUGUACAAGCGGCUGGUGAAUUGCUUGUGCGGCUUAAAGAGGCAGAAGAAGCUAUUGCAGCCGCUGAGAAACGAGCCAUUGAAGCAGAGCAAGAAGCUAAUGCGGCUUACAAACAGAUUGAUAAACUGAAGAAGAAACAUGAAAGGGAGAUCAACAAUUUGAAUCAGUUACUUGAAGUAUCAUCUCAACCUAAAGAAAGAUCAGAAGCCAUAUACGAUAAUUCCGCGACAGCAACAUAUGAAGUAGGGGAGGUGAAUAACGUCAGUGAUAAGCAGUGGACAGAAGAAUUCAAGUCAAUCUACAAUAGAGAAGAGGACUUGACAAAUUUAGGAGAGCCAUCUUCUUGGUUCUCAGGAUAUGACAGAUGCAACAUAUAGACUAGGAAAUGUUUGAUGUAAAGGUGGUGUGUUGUAUGUACCAAUAAUAGUGUUAUAUGAUAUGGUUUUGGAAAGGUGUAGCUUUUCUCUUCAAAUUUCAAUGAUAGGAAUUGAUUGUAUCGCCAAUUGUGAAAAAACCAACUUAUUGGAUCAUUCAA